UCUGACAAUGACAAUCCAAAUCAUACUAUGAAAAAAAAAUAGUGUUUGAAAACUAAAUUUUUAUUAUUAACUAUUUUUUAAUUUUGCAAAACAUGAGUUGUACAGUUACCAUUUUUUAGAUUUGUAAAUACAAUUAGUUUGCGAUUCGUAGUUGUAAAAUCAGCGUUUAACAUGACUGUGUUUUCCAAAGUUCAAGGAUUUAUUUCAAGGCACAGGAACAAGUUUUACAUUGGGGGUGCUAUUAUCUCGGGAUCUAUUUUAUUAACCAAAUAUGCCCAGUAUAAGCUUAGGGAAUGGCAAGAAAGGGAAACCAAGGAGUUCUUCGACAGAAACCGCAAACAAAACCAUUUUGAGAGCAUAGAAAGAACCAAAAGCCAAACAUUUUCUAAUUUUGCCGUGGCUCUAUUAGAUUUAAUUUCAGAUACAGUAAACACAGAUGAAAUUAUUGAACGUCUUAAGACAAAUCCAGAAAACAAAGUUGAACUAUGGAACAAUUUAAAGGUAUUGGUCAUGACAAAAGUAGCAGUCACUGUCUAUUCCUUAGUAAUGUUAGCUGUUACUUUGAACAUACAACUUAUGAUAAUUGGUGGAUAUUUAUAUAAGGAUCCCAAUAGUAUACCCACAGAUGUCCAAGAAAAGUAUUUGGCACAUUGUCAAAAUUUUAUUAAUGAAGGGGUUAAGAAGUUAGCUAAACUUAUUGACAAUGAGGUUCAAAAAUAUGUUGGUAAUAUGGAAUUAACAAAGCAGCUAAAACUUGGAGAUAUAGAAAAUUUAAACUGGUCUGUACAAGUAGCUUUAUCUUCACAAAGGGAUGGUCCAAUUGAAUCUUUUAAAAGCUUUAUAUUUUCUACAGAAGAAACUAGUGGUGAUAGCAUUAUAUAUGACAAUAUGUUAAGAGACACUGCAGACUUCCUAGAUAGUGAAGAAGUAAAGUCACUCACUACCCGUUGUAUCAAUCAAGGAUUCAUUUUACUGGGAGACCAGCUGGCAGAAUUGUAUACAAAAGGUAACAUGGCUGGAGAUGCCAGUAAUAGCGACGAAUCAUUUAAAAAUCCUUUUGAAUUACAGAAGCCUCUAGCUAAGUUAAUUCCCUUAAUAAAUGGGUUACUAAAUAAACAAUCAUUCCCUCACGCUCUUAUUCAGCAAUUAAGUUCAAAUAAAAAGCUUCAAACUUUAAAUGCAAAUGUUUAUGAGAGUUUAUUGUGAUAAUAAAGAUUUAUUUUGGUUAA